ACUUGACUAACGACAGUGUAAACUGAAUAAUUGCAGCCCUAGCUGUGCCGGCUAAAUUUUGUUUGCUUACUGGUUUAUGGAAACAAGUGCCUGUAAAAAUGGGUCUUCUAUCGGAUCCGUCAAUAUCAACACAUAAUAAGUUGGUCGACAGUCUUGCAAAGCAUAUGCGCAAGCUGUGCUAUGUUUUCUACACAGCGGGUGUGGCCUGGUUUAUGUGCCUCGCCCUACCGGAAUUCAACCAUGGAACUUACUUAUCAGAGAAUGCCCUAUCACCAGGCUUGGUGUACCCUGAGAUACGCAUAGAUGCCAAUCGACUAGCUCUCCAGCUGCUAGAGGAGUUGCAGCGCGAACGUAAAGACCAUCAGUCCACAACGCCGCACGCCUGGAUUAUGGCCAAGUUUAAUGAGUUUGGCUUGGAGACAUACACACAUAACUUUACGCUACGCUAUCCGUUCGGUGGCGGCAAAGAGUUCCAUGGCAAGAACGUUUAUGGCAUAUUGCGUGCACCGCGCAUCGGUUCCACUGAGGGUUUAGUAUUCUCGGCGCCGUAUCGUCCACCAAACUCGGUGCAUGACGAAAUAACGGCUAGCGUGCCAGUGUUAUUGGCCUUUGCCGACUUUGCCAGGCGUAAAAAUUACUGGGCCAAGGAUUUGGUAUUCCUGGUCACCGAGCAGGAGCAGCUGGGCAUGCAGGCCUGGCUAGAGGCCUACCACGACGGCUACAAAAAUUAUCACAGUAGCAGUGCGUACCUGGUCGCUGGAAGCCUACCAGCACGCGCCGGCUCGCUGCAAGCAGCGUUAAACAUCGAAGUGCAGGACUUGGAAGUCGAUUAUGUUGACGUCAAGGUCGAGGGAUUGAAUGGCAAGCUGCCCAAUCUGGAUAUGUUCAACUUGGUGCAGCGCAUCAUGGCACGCGAGGGCGUCACCUCUGGGUACAAGCAUGCGCCGCGCAAGAGGCGUCGCAUGAACCUCUCCCCUUACGAGCAGAACUUACGCCAAAUGCUGUCCAUGCUGGCGACACAGGCAACGGGCGUGCCCAAUGGCAAUCAUGGACUUUUCCAUCGCUACCGCAUCGAUGCUCUGACCCUAUCUGCUGCCAAGCGUGUUACCAACUCCAAUGUCAAGUCCAAUCCGAGCUCGGCGACCGUGCCCCUCUUAAAGUCUAUCGAGGGCAUUUCCCGCAGCCUGAACAACUUGCUGGAACGCUUCCAUCAGAGUUUUUUCUUCUACGUGAUUGUACACAACGAUCGUUACAUAUCCAUUGGCGACUACAUGCCCGCCCUGGUGGCGCUUAUCGCCUGCAGCUUCGUCAAGGCGUAUUUGUCCUGGUCCACAUUAGAUGCCGCAGAGCGUCACGCACAGCAGGACGCAGCUGGAAAUGAAACAGAUCCAGUUGUGUUCUCUAUGAAGCUAUCGUUGCCAUAUGGCUUUGUGCUGGUCUAUUUGGUUGUAACGCUCGUCAUCGGCUACAUGGGCAAUGUGCUGCCGCUGCAGAAAUACCUUAUGGAACUGUCAAUAGGCGCUGGGCCGCUUACUCUAACCAUGCUGAUUGCACUCAAUGUGGCUGGGAUUGCUCUGCCGUUCUAUGUGGUGUUGCCUCCUGGCGGACUGGAGCUGCUGCACAUCUGCAUGCUGCUCAUCUAUGGCUGUGCUCUGAUUGUCAUUGGACUGCUCAACUUCUCGCUGGGCUUCUUGGUAGCGGCGCUGUCGGUGCCCAUGGUCGUGGCCCUUAACCCAAGCAGCAGGAAUGGCGCAUUGCGCGGCUUGGCACGUCUGUGGGCUUUGCUACUGAAUCCGAUGGUGGUCAUCUACACCGUCGUCCUGGUCUUGACCUUCUAUGAAUUUCCCGAACUGACAUUCCAGCAGCUGCUGCUGCGCGCCGUCGCCGCUGUCAUGGAUGCGGUUACCUUUGCGCUUAUUGAUUCAGUGAUUUAUGGCAACUGGCUAUAUUUUGCGGCUUGCACUGUUUUCUUUCCCCUUUGGAUCAUCUGUUGGACACUGGCUCUGGCAAAGCAAAGCGACAAUGAGAUAUCCCAUGCGAAGCUGAAAAUAAACUGAUCUGCCUCUUAGCUUUUCUUGUUUCGUGCUAUGGUAACUUAUAACAAAUAAAAUACGUUGAGCCACAC